AAGAAGGGCCGCCUGUACAGUUUGGGUGGAAAUGAUCCACCGCGGAGGUGUCAUCGCGGCCGGCUGGACCGGCUCAAAACCGUCGGCACGUUCGACAUCUCCAACGAAAUUUCGCGGCUCAGCCAAAAGACGAUGAACCUAAACGAACGCAUCAUCGGUAACCAACUGUUUGCCCAGAGGGUUGACGAGGUCACUGCCACUGCCAUCGGUAGUGCCGCCGGCGGUAUCGGUGCCGGGUUGGUCCCAUUCAUAGCGACGGCCGCCUUUGGACCUGCCCUUACCAAUCCCGGCAUCGGUACGGCCAACCAUCAUCAGCAACAGCAACAACAGAUCAGUGGCGUCAUCCGGCCGGGUAACGGUCCGACGCUGCUGAAGCAAAACACCGAAAUCAUUCACCUGUCGCCUCAUCAUCAUCUGCCACUCAAUCAUCCGCUGAUGCUGCAAAAACAGCAACAGCAGCUGAAAGCCGCCAAAAGCCGAAGCCUAAGUACGGGUUCCUACAUUACUAAAGAAUCGAGUGUUCAUUCUAGCGUAGAGAAGAUUACCAAAUCCAAUAGCAAUUCCGAGUUGACCGAGAACGCGCAAAAGACGAUCGAAACAAUUCCGAAGAACAAAUCAUUAGAAGAUAGUAGAACAAUGAAGCUCAACCAGUCGCACUACUCGCCGAUGCGCAAACCGAUUCUGCGCAAGUCCAAGAAGAUCAUCCGUACCGAUUCGGAGUUCCUCAAGGGCAACAUCUACGAGAAGGAAUCAAGCCUGUCGAGCUCGCAGUACACUCCGACUCACGAAAAGCGACGGGAGUUUGCCGAGUACUGCAGCAGCAAUCCAUCCUCGGAGACGCACAAAUCAACCGACGAAAGUUCGAAAAACAUUUCGACGGACGAAAUCGACACGGUGUUCUCCGAUACGAUGGAACUGGAACAGAUGGAAGCCGACUACAAGAUGCAUCUGAAGAACAACCUUCAGCGAGAGUACAAAAGUGAUAGCGAUACCCUAGACGAGGUGGGUAAGAAGCAACCGGACUACAGUACGUGGAAAAAUCAAAGCUACGAGAAUACGUUCGACAUUUUUGAGGAGAAGGAGCAAGAACAGGAGGAAAGUGGGAACUCUUCGAAGGAAGUAACCAAGACCGAUGAAGAUUCGAAGAAGGAAACCGAACGCUCGAAAAGCGUAGAAGACAGCACUGCGCGAAAGGCUAGUGAAACGGAUAUCAAGUUCAAACGAACGGCAGAUCGGCCGACGGAGUUGGAACUGGGAACUUCGUCGGACGGUAGCAAGAAUCCUUCCGUAGACGGUUCGUUCGGUCACAUCUUCGAGAAAAACCUCGGUCGAUUCAAGAGGAUGAAUAAACUUUUGAAAUGCAAGCGAUUCAGCACUUCUGCUCUGUACGAUAAGAAGAGUAAACCGAACUUUAAGGAAACCAUGUUCUUUGAAGACAAAACCUCACCCGCAAAGCCGACCACGGAACCUGCAGAACGCUCGCCUGUCAAAUCCUGUCACUCACAGUCCAAAGCGUCAAUCAGCUCUUCCAAGUCUUCCCUCUUCGGUACGAAGAAAGGCAACGUGUUUACUCUCAAAGGCAAAAAGUUUCUGUUCUCCGGCAGUAACAACGCAACCAGCAAUGGCAAUGCGAAAACUUCCCCGAACAAAUCCAAGUCAAACAACGAGAUUAGCUACUUCCGAACGAAGUCUACGAAAGGAUCGAAGAAAUCGCUGAAGAACAAUAGCACUGCAUGCCUGAAUCUGGAAACUACAUGCACCUCUCCGCUGUCAGAAGCCUUCUACAAUACGACCGGCAGCGUCCGGCUCAGUGCAAUGGAGUUGUACGAAAAGUUCUGUUCGCAGGACUUCAGCGGGCUGUACAAACAUGAAGCGAUUCACCACAGUGACGGUCAAAGUGGAACGGAUUCCGAGCCCUACGAUCCGAACCGUAGUCUGGGCGCGAUACGGAAGUACAAGCGAAGGAACUUUAAGCUUCUGCGGCAAAAGAGUGAACCGAAGUUUUCGUUCAGGUCGGAUACGUUGUAUGAGAACGAGGAUAGCUACGACGAUACAUGCUACCCGGAUGAGGAACAGAAGGACGAGUUCGAGGUGGAGGAUUACAAUCAGUUUUUGUAUGAUGAGCAGUACUACGAAGAAGAUAUAGAGAAUCUGAGCAUAGAGAACAUCUACUACCGGGGGAAUUUGGUACGGGAAGAUGGAACGGUGGUGGAGGCGUACCAGUACCAGGAGGAAGAUGAUGAAGAAGGGGAUGAAGAGGAGGAGGACGAGGAAGAGGAAGAGGGAGAUGACGAUGAGGAGGAGGAUGACGAAGAAGAAGAAGAAGAAGAAGAAAUCCAUGAAGAGCAGGGAAUAGCAAUACCUGACAGGAAAUUGCAGCUCCCGCUUAUGGAUAUGGCUACGUCGAUGGAUUCAGACUGUGAUGAGAUUUACUUGAUGCCUCAGAAUGAGUCAAAAAAAUUGAUCAUACACGAUUUUCUGUUCCAUCAUAGUAAUAACGAGUUUGACAACGUGGACGACGAGUACGAGGUAACGGAGGAAGAAUUGGAAGCAAUCGACGCGGGUAAAGAUCAGGAUACGCUGACGAUUUAUAAGAUUUGUUCCAGGGAGAGUAUCCUGAGCUCGAAAGGUGAUCUAGACAAUAUUGCGCUAAGUUCGUCGCUUGAUCCAUAUUUCUUGAAGUCGGAUUGCUUGACGGCACUAGAGCGGACUACCUCGCUGGAACUUUUGAGCAAUUCCAGUGGAACACUGAACAAAUCUACGUUAACCGAUUAUGCAUUUGAUACCGUUAAGAACGCUAACCUAGAUAGCUGUAGCACAUCGAGACUGAGCUUGUCGCUUAAGAGUGAAAUCUUCGAGGAAACGUUGGCCAACGGAGCCAACAGUGGGUCCGGAGAGAUCAAGCAGAUAAAGAAUUGGAACAUCGAAGAUUUCACGCUUACGCCGGAUGGAUCGUUUUCGGACGAAACCAUGGAUGAGCUGUUGAAGACUCACCUGGCGGAAGAAGGUGACAGUAAGACAACACCUACCGAAACGAGGGAGACUGUUGUAAAUCCUUUGACAAGCGAAUACACGAUCAUCGAUCUAGAUGAAGAACCGUAUAUGAUGGAUCCGGCGAUAUCGGACUUCACUAACGAAAUUACCAAGGAGUUUGAUCUGCUGUUCUCGCGCGCCGAAACGGAAUCACGUGCUGCCAGCUAUUCUGGCAGUCCGGCGUACGACGAAGAAGAGGACGGCCAGCAACCCAUGCACCUGGACCAACUGGACGUCCAACCAGCGGUGGUUAUUGAACUCCCUACUCGAUACUCAAUGCAGAAACUAGAACCCAUCAACCUAGACGCCGAUGAAAUAACGAUAAACAGACAUACCGAGGACCAACUCAAAAUGCAACACGAUAGUGCCAAAGAAGUAGCUGUAGUAGAUAACAAGUGUAGUAAAACGGUAGAUAAACAGAAACCAUCGGAGCCAGAUCGAACGACGACGGCGGUGGCUGCUGCUACAGAUGCGACAGGCGGCGAUCGUUUGCGGAAGGCUCGUAGUCAAUCCCUAGGUAAUCUGAAGAACAAAACCAAAUGUUUUCCAUUAUAGAAGUUAAGAAACGCUGUAAUUAGUCGACUAGCGGUAUAGGGAAUGUGGACCGGGUCGUUUGGUGUUUCUGAUUCCACUCCGCGGCUCACCAUUCUUUCGUUCGACGUUGUUUAGAGUAUGUUUAGAGUGUAAAUUGUUAUGUGGACGAUGAUGUGGAAGAUUGUAUGGCGGAUCUUUUACCACGAACAGGAAUUCAAUCCGGCGCCCUUUUAUACGUUACGAUAACUCUACACUGAUAGUGAUAGGAAAUCUCACCUCUCAUUUCAAUUGUUGUAUAGGAAAACGCGUAGUGAGCUAAAUAAACAAAAAAAAAUAUAUCAACUCAUCAUCCAUCAUCCAAACCAAGCCAAAAAUUGUAAAUUAAAACCAGAAAAAGAUGACAUGUUCUAAAACUCAAAUAGCUAAACCAAAUUGUAAAGAAUGUGUGGAACACUUCUUUCGGAAACCCUAAGUAUAAGAUAACCGCAGUAGGCAUUGACAUACCAACACACUCACCCGAGUUCGUUUUCACUAAAACACACAUACAUGGACACACAAACACAGUUUUACACACAUGAAACGUACACAUCCAUACAUAUAGUGAAAAGGAAAAAACAUACAUUUAUACAUAUUCCAUUUGUUGAUUACUAUAUAUUUUUUGAAGGAGAGGUUUAUUGUGGUCUUACACCAGUAAGAAAGAGAAAAAGUUUACCUUAAGUCAAUGAAAAUAAUUGGAUUAGCGUACACUUCUUAUAGGCAAAAGAAUUAAAUUUAUACAUAUUACCUUGGACAUUUGAAAAAUAGUAGUUAAAAUAUAUAUAAAAGAAAAAACAAAAGUGUGAUACAGUGAAAGAACAGUGGUUAAUUGUUGUAAUGAAAAAGGAAACCAAACAAACGUCUUAAAAAGACGAUAAUUAUUAAUUUGUUGGAUGUAAAAUUUAUAUAUGAAACAUAUAAACCCAACUCGGUGUUGUUUGCUCGAAUUGAAAAUAAAAGAAAAGUUUACGGUAUUGGGAUUCGAAGGUGCAAUACAUGGAAAUGAAAGUUAACUUUUGUAUCAUCUCUAAGAGGAUCCCAUAUUUUUAUACAAACAGCUUUUAAACUACUUCUACGAAAGAUAACUCUCUCAGCAAAGCUUGUAGUUUUCUAACGUAACAUAGCGAAGAAUGACAUUUUAUACGAUAUACAAUUUUUAAUCAACAGCAGCAGCAGCAACAAACAAAACAGUAGACUCUCCUUCGAAAUGGCCUUAAAUUAAAUGAAAGGAUUCCAGGACUCCAUUAUAGUACAUCGUCGAAUCAUACUCUUUUUAUCAUAAUUGAAAUACUCUAACGAUACUUCAGAAGAACAAAAAUGACCAAAGCACGUUUUAAACUUGAUAAAUAAUACCACGCUACACUGGAAAAAAAAUAAUCUUUUAAACGAGCAUCCUAAGGAAACAAAAUCAUUAAUAUCGUUACGAUUUAAGCAGACUGUUUUUGACCUGUAAACCGAAGCCAAAGCUCAUAGAAUAUUCUUUGUUAGUUCUCAAACUUUCUAUAAUAACUCAUUUGUAAUCUUACCGAACGUUACUUCACAUCGGAAGGCAUCAUUGUACUCAUUAAGCGAUUGUAACCUUAUUCCGAAAACCAACAGAGAGCAAGCAACACCGAGUUUCCAAUCCACCAUAAUUGUUGUCAAUGAUUGUCAUUAAGCGUUUUUUAUGAUACCUUUUAAGGCAGCAACCAUCCGUCGUCGUAAAAGCGUAUGGGAAAUUCUGAGUUUAGUGUCCAUUUCGUAUCAAUUGCUGGUUCCGCUGCUGGGAAGAUAAACACAAACACACACAAAAUCGAUUAAUUUUCUUUCCAACCGGAGCAAAACAAACACAACAACAACAACAACAAAAUAAACAGUAGGCGCUGCCGUGUAGCAGCUGACACACAACAGACAACCAAAAUCCAAACAUCCAUCGGUGUGAUUUGUAACGUUUAAUGUAAAAUUUCCUCGUGUAAAGCAAGAGUAAACCAUCAACCAUAGCAAAGAGAAUGCGAUAAAUGCACAAAACCAAAACAAAAAAAAAACACGAUAUGAUUGCUGUUGAAUGUUUUAUAUUAUUUGUAAUAUUGGAAUUCCAACGGAACUAACAACUUUUUGUGUCUGUACCUCCUCUCACUGUCCGUCGAGAAUAAAGCAUGGAAGAUAAACCCAUCAAACUUUGUAAUACGUUAGCCUAAAAGAAACAAACAAAUUUGUUAGCCUCCUCGUGGAAAUCAAUUUCCCACAAACAGCUAAGCCACCACAUAUGUAAACAAAGAAAUUAUUUAAUCGGAUAAACGUAAACGUUGUUAUCGUUGAAAAUACCUAUAUUCAUAUUUUUGAAACCAAAGUCGCUAUUUACUCCCUGGUGAACGAUGUCUAAGCAAUUUUUCGUGCAAUUCUAUUUGCCUGUCACUAACUAUAAACAAAUCAUAAUUCAAUCAAACAACUGACGCGAAACCAAAACAAAUGAUAGCAACAAAGCAGUAAAAAUCUCUCGUCCAGUAACCACUAGAGUAGAGCAGUUGACUAUUCGUUCCGGACGACUGCCUGACUGCACGUGCAACUUCAAAGUGUUGAUCUCCGAAUGAUAUUUUUCUGCUCUUUUUUAAUUUACGUUUUUUUUUUCGAACAACACUACAGAAGCUAGAUCAUUAGUAUCAUUUCUAUUUUUUCUUUCUAAUUUUUAUAUCGAAUAAACAAACCAAACAAACUAAACUCUACGAGAAAAAUUCCUUUUGUUACAUUUAUAACUAGGUGAGAAUGGAAAAAAAAAAUAUUUUUAUAGGAAAUAAAGAAAUAUAUAUAAACUGUAAAAACCGA